AGUAGCGGGAGCGGUUGGCAGAAUCAAACAUCACGGUUGACUGUGUACGUGACUAAGAUUUUUCUCUUUUCUGAUUCGGCUCGUGCAAAUGCAACCGAAACCAUGGCGGGCAGAGUGCGACCGUUGCUGCUGACACUAACGUUUCAGGUUUCAGCAGCUAUCCUCUGGAAUAGUAAUUACUACAGUACUUCUAAUCAACAGCCCGGGUAUAAUCGGUUCUCGAGUUGUGGAUCGAGUAUGGUACUGGAUCCUGUCCUGCAACCAGCCGUGUUCCUCGCUCCCCCGUCGUAUCCGAACCCUUAUGAAGCCUUCACUUUCUGCUCUUGGAUGAUCUAUAGUACAACCGGGAACAGCCUGACCCUCAGCUGCCAAGUGUUUGACCUGCAGCCGAGCGUACAAUGUGGCACAGGCGCGUAUUUUUCCGUUGACGACGGCCUUCAAAAUACGCGGAGGUUCUGCGGGGGUAACGCUGCCCCUCAGCAGGUUACCUCGGCGAGUUCCUUCCUCAGCGUGCUCUUCUGGAGCGGCUCGGGCGGGGGAGGAACCUACACGGGCUUCUACUGCACCGUCUCACUUCUCUCGUCGAUUUCUCCUACCUUGCCGCCAGGAGUAAUUACCACUCCGUCUACUACUACAUGUCGUUGUGGACGCCGGGGCUCGGGGGCUCGCGUGGUGGGGGGUGAGGAUGCCUCACUGCACGAGUUUCCUUGGCAGGCGCUUGUCAUCUUGCCCAACGACGACAGCUUCUGCGGCGGCGUCCUCAUCAACGAGCGCUUCAUCCUCACCGUCGCUCACUGCCUUCUCCCGCCGGAGUUACCAACCGGUUCGUUACCGGAGGUGGUGCUGGGGGACCACGACCGCAGCACGACCUCCGAAACAAGCAUAACUCGGACGGUGAAGGUGAAGCGCCUGUGGCCGCACGAGAACUACGAAGAAGGGACGUCCCGCGACAACGACAUCGGCCUUAUCGAACUCGAGGAGGACGUGGUUUUUGACAGGGUGGAAAUAGCGCCGGCGUGUCCACCCGAGGCCAGCAACAGCUAUGAAAAUGUGGAUGCUGUGAUUACUGGCUGGGGUUUAGACGACAGCGGCCAACUCCCCAAUAUCCUCCAGAAGGCAGAGAUAAAGACAAUCCCCUUAGCCACAUGCAGGGCCCAGUAUUCCAGCAGCGCCAUCACCAACAACAUGAUCUGUGCGGGGGCGGCUGGGCGGGAUUCCUGUUUGAGUGACAGCGGCGGCCCACUGAUAACCUACAACGGCGCUUCAUGGGACCUGAUAGGCCUCGCUUCCUUCGGUCCUGUUCCCUGUGGCGACCCCGACCGCUUCGGAGUCUACACCAGAGUAGGGAAUUACAUUCCCUGGAUAAUCAACAAAAUAGGCAACGCUCGCACAUGUCUGCCUUGAACAACCAUUAUCUGCUGAUAUUGUUCGUCGAAUAAACAGGGUCGUCGAGAGGCAGUUAAUUACUGAAAUAUUUCGAUCAUAAUUUCUGUUUAUAAGAGACCAAGCUGUAUGAAGGCGAUACAGGGAAUGGAAAAUCAGAAAAAAAAUCACCUUAAUUGUCUCUUGGCAUCAGACCUGUGAAAUCACUUGUUAUCUCUGUCAUACUGUUUCAUCUGUAAUGUUUUAGAUAUCAUUUACACAAUUGUUGUAAUAUUCUUUUAUGUUCAAGAUUGAAUAAAGUAUCCCU